AUGAAGGCUAUUACAUUGUUUGCGCUAUUUACUCUGGCUGCUACUGAAGUAGAUUAUCACACUGGCAACAAUACUCUGGAACUCGAGGCAUUUGUUUCUGAUAUAACAAGGGUGAAAAGUUUAGUAGAUUGCUUUUUGGAUAGAGAGCCUUGCCAUGAACCAGCUGGAACUUACAAAGCAUUGAUUCCUAAAAUUCUUGCCACUAAAUGUGAUAAGUGCACGAAUGAAUUCAAGCAUUUGGCAUAUAGAUUUCUUACAGAACUUAAGGCUUCUUUAUAUGACGAAUACUUGGACUUGAGAUAUAAGUACGACCGUGUAAACCAGCACUACGACGAUUUCGUAAAAGCGAUCGAGGCUUGCAAGCAACUCGUAUGGCGUUACUACUGUGACUCAUAG